AUGUUCAACCCGCGGUUCCUGGUCGUCAGUCUGGGAAAUCCGCUCCCGAAAUACGAAAGCCUGCACUCGGCUGGACACUUUGCCCUGAGUGGCCUCGCCAAGGUUCUCCGGCAGCCGGCCUUCAGCGAGGUGACCCUGGGCAGCCACAAAUGCCUGGUCUCUCGGGGGCCAAAAUACACACUCGUUCAGUCGCCGACACUGAUGAAUGUCUCGGGGCCGUUUGUGGCGCGAGUGUGGCAGGAAAUGGCCAGGCAAACAGAUCCGGCCUCAUUGAGCCUUGUCAUUGUUCACGACGAGUUGGAAAAGGAUUUGGGCGUCGUGCGGCUCACGGCAUGGGAUCGCAGCCCCCGAGGUCACAACGGGAUCAAAAGCGUCAAGAAAUCUCUCUCUCAGGACAAAUAUCCGCAGUCGCCUUUCGCGCGUAUCGCUGUGGGUAUCGGGAGGCCCGAGGCCAGAGAUGCGGAAACCGUCAGCAAGUACGUCCUGGCCAAGGUCUCAUCAGACCAAAGAACAGCCCUGGAGGAGUCGGCGCCAUUGGACGUGGCGAGGCGGCUUGUCGAGCUGGAGGCGGAAUGGAGGGCCCAGGUUGACGGCUGA